AUGGAAGUUCUCGCUAAUUCCUCGAGCUUCGCGUCUCACCUUGCAGGAGAAGGUCAGAACUUUGAUGCUCUUCAACUGUCAACCGGUCUGUUGGCCAAAACAUGGGCGCAGUUUAAUGUCUGGACUGUGCUCUUGACCUUGCUCGUCUUGUGCGCUACCUACGAUCAGUUUAGCUACCAGUUUCGGAAACAUGGCAUUGUUGGCCCGGCCUGGAAAAUGCCCUUCAUAGGUCCUUUCCUCGAAUCCAUGAAACCCGACUUCAAGAAAUACAAGGCCAAGUGGGAAAGUGGAGAUUUGAGCUGCGUCUCCGUCUUCCACAAAUUUGUUGUCAUCGCCUCUGAUCGAGACCUUGCCCGAAAGGUUUUCAACUCUCCAGCCUUCGUGAAGCCGACUGUCGUAGACAUCGCACCCAAGAUCCUCCGACCUACCAACUGGGUAUUCCUCGAUGGAAAAGCCCAUGUCGAUUAUCGGAAAGGUCUCAAUGGCUUGUUCACCCGUCAAGCAUUGGAAAUCUAUCUCCCCGGACAAGAAGAGGUCUAUCAGAAGUAUUUCACAGAAUUCUUGAAAAUGUGCAAAGAACGCGGCAACAAACCAACUCCUUUCAUGCCGGAAUUCCGAGAACUCAUGUGUGCUGUAUCAUGUCGCACUUUUGUCGGACACUAUGCCACAGAUGCAGUGGUCAAGAAAAUUGCGAUCGACUUCUAUCUGGUUACAGCUGCUUUGGAAUUGGUCAAUUUCCCGGUCAUCAUUCCCUUCACAAAGGCCUGGUAUGGUAGAAAGUCUGCCGACAUGAUCUUGGAUGAGUUCGCCAAAUGUGCUGCAAAAUCAAAAGUCAGAAUGGCUGCAGGAGGUGAUGUGACAUGCAUUAUGGAUGCAUGGGUCAAGCAAAUGAUCGAUUCAGCCGCCUACAAAGAGAGAAUUGCUCGUGGCGAAGAAGUGCCCCCAUCCGAGAAGCCACCUCAAAUUCUGCGUGAAUUUACCGACAGCGAGAUUUCCCAGACAAUUUUCACAUUCUUGUUUGCUUCUCAGGAUGCCACCUCCAGUGCAUGCACUUGGCUAUUCCAGAUUAUGGCAGACCGUCCAGAAAUCUUGGAAAAGGUUCGAGAAGAAAACAUGAAUCUUCGAAAUGGUGAUCGCCAUAAACCAUUUGACAUGGAUAUGCUAGAAUCCAUGGUUUGGACGCGUGCAGUUGUCAAAGAGACGCUCCGUUACCGACCCCCAGUCAUCUUUGUUCCAUACGUGGCCAAAAAGGAUUUCCCGGUGACUCCCGACUAUACUUUGAAGAAAGGAUCCAUGAUCAUCCCAGCUUUGUGGCCUGCCACUCAUGAUCCCGAAGCAUAUCCAAACCCUGACAGUUUUGAACCUGAGAGAUGGAUCACCGGUGACGCUGACAAGCAAGUCAAGAACUGGAUGGUUUUUGGUACCGGACCACAUUAUUGCCUUGGUCAAACAUAUGCUCAAUUGAACUUAAUGGCCAUGAUCGGGAAAGCAAGUGUUAUGAUGGACUGGGUUCACGAGCCAACAGCCAUUAGUGAAGAUAUUGAGGUUUUUGCAACAAUUUUCCCCAUGGUCAUCGGCGGUGGCGCGGUCGGACUUGCCGUGGCACGGCAACUGGCGACACGAAGCGGGACAUCGACGCUCCUGAUCGAGCGCCACUCCGCGGUGGGCACCGAGACCAGCAGCCGCAACUCGGAAGUGAUCCACGCGGGCAUCUACUACGGGCGGGACACUCUCAAGACGAAGCUCUGCCUGCGCGGCAAGGAGCUGCUGUACGAGCUCGCGGCCAACGCCGACAUCCCGCACCGCCGCACGAAGAAAUGGAUCAUCGCGCAGGACGCCUCGCAGAUGGAGGAACUGCAGCGGCUGCACGACUUUGCGCGCGAGAUCGGUGUCCCCAUGGACUUCCUCAGUCGGGACGAGAUCAGCACCCGCGAGCCCGAUGUGCGUGCCGAGGCGGGCGUGUUGGAGUCGCCGACGACGGGGAUCGUCGAUUCGCAUGCCUUGAUGGCGUACCUGCAGGGCAGUUUCGAGGAGCGCGGCGGCGAGGAGGUGCUGAAUACCGUCGUGACGGGGAUUGAGCGGCAGAAUGGCGGUGGUGGACAGGGCGGAGGAUAUGCCAUCACGACACGGUCGAUGGACGGGUCUGGUGGGGAGGACGUCAUCACGGCCGAGACGGUGGUCAACAGCGCGGGCCUCGGCGCCAUCGCCGUCAGCAACAUGCUGCUGCCGGCGGCGCGACACCGCAAGGCCUUCUUCGCCAAGGGCAGCUACUUCUCGUACGCGAGCGGGAGGCCCAGGCCCCAGACCCUCCUGUAUCCAGCCCCGGUCCCCGGGCUCGGCGGGCUCGGCACCCACCUCACGCUCGACAUGGCCGGGCGCGUGCGCUUUGGCCCGGAUGUCGAGUGGGUGGACGAUCCCAACGACUUGACGCCCAAUCCCGCGCGCUUGACUGCCGCCCUCGACAUGAUCCAGAGCUAUCUCCCGGGCAUUGACAGGGAGGCCAUCGAUCUCGAUUACUGUGGCAUCAGGCCCAAGUUGGCGCAUGGGUCCAGCGGGACGUAUGGCCGCGACGGCAAGGGGUUUGAGGACUUUUAUAUCGAGGAGGAAGAGGGCUUUGACGGGUUUGUCAAUCUGUUGGGCAUUGAGAGUCCUGGGCUGACCAGUUCUUUGGCUAUUGCCGAGGCGGUGGAGGGGAUUCUUUAUGGGAGUGGGAAGCGCGCCAGUGUCUAG